GGCAGACUGAGAUGACUUUAAUGUCUAAGCACUGAAGAGAGAGCAUGACUGCAGAUCAGACAGUCACAUUUAGAUCUUGAUUUCACAAGCAGUGGCAUUGAACUCUUAUUAUCUGGGAAUAUGCUAUUAGAAUUCAAAGUGCAUCUUCAAAUGUUAUUAGCUGUUGGCUUGGCCAUCCUAUGUUUCUGCCUGGUGAUUGGCUGCAUCAUCUGUUGGUGGCGCCAGAAGUCCCACCCCUCAGAUGACAAGCAGGUGGGGCUAUUCCUACCCUCUUUAUCCACAGAUCAUGUGACUGUAACUCUUAGCCCUGCCCCCUCUAUCAACACUCUGCCAAUCAAACAGCAAUAUGAAGAGUUGGAUGGUGAAGUCCUGGACUAUCCCUCUCUUAACAGCAGUUCCACUCCUUCCGAAGACGACUUUUCCUUUUUUUCUCUGCCCCGUGAUCCGACUGAAAUGAAGGGACCUCAGAAGUCUCGUUUUAAUCUACGACGACUUAGCUCCCCCGCAGUACCCUCCACACCUACUAAACCUGCUGUCCGAGGCCGUUCCUCACUCCCAACAAUUCCUAAACUCAGCCUAGUGGCAAAGACCCGCCAAGCACUUGAUCGCAGAAGCACUGGGAUUGUUGAUAACCUCCUGCAUUCAGAAAACAGCAGUCAAACCACCUGCGAUUCUCUCUCUAGUCUCCAGGGGGCGCUCUCUCAAAGGCAUUAUGGCUCCAGAUCCAGACGUAACUCCAGUUCGCACAAACCCACACCAUCUCUUCACUUCACCUUGGUCUUCUCACCUACAGAGGGUAGACUCACAGUCACUAUUCUGGGUCUCUACCGGGGCUCUAGGAGACUGAGAGGAACAACAGUCAGGGCUAGUCUGCCUCCACUUUGCACCACACCGCUGCACGGCGGCCCUAUGCGCAGACGUAGCCUUAGUCUAGAAGUGCCACCACUGGUGUUCCAUCUGCAGGUGAAAUCAGCCGAAGAGCUUCAUUCCUGCACCCUCAGAUUGGAAGUAUCUAGCAGAGAUUUCUCUGGCCUGAGGGAGACUUCUGUGGGUGAACUCGAGCUGGCAUGUGCGGACAUCGACUGGGAGCCUGAUUUCAUGGUCACCCUUAAUCAUCAACUCAACCCUUUUAGGAGGAAGAAAAGGAAGAGUCAGAGUUCUCAGGAUGCAGUGGGGGAUAUUGAGCGUCCUGUUUUUCCUGUGAGAUUUUUGGGUCAGCUCCUGAUUCUGCUGCAGUAUCAGACACUUGCACACCGCAUGAAAGUGAUGGUGCGAAAAGCUGAGAACCUGCCCAAACUUACCAGAAUGCCUGGAACCCCAGAUCACUAUGUUGUCAUCAACCUAUGUCAUAAUGAAAAAGUAAUCAGCACUAAGGAGACAAAGGCCGCCAGUGGACCAAACGCUGUUUGGAACGCUCCCUUUCUGUUUGAUUUACCAGCUGGUGACAUAAGCCAACUUCCUCUAGUCUUGGAGUUCAUCGUAAUGCAGGGAAGACUGUACACCAAGAGUUGCAUUCUUGGUCUUGUUCUGAUUGGACACGAGGGUCCCGAAGUGGGAAACCAGCACUGGAAAGAGAUGUGCAGCAGGUCGCAGGUGGAGACAGCGCGCUGGCAUGAACUUCUACUGGUCACUCCAUAGGCCAUCAGAGCUUGAUUGGCAUACCCCCUAACCAAUCAGAUAUUUCAUUUCCAUUGAAAGCAGUUCCAUUGCUUCUAAUUUCUCCAUGGAAUUUUAGAUGGAGCCCUGGAAGAUGCUAAAUGAGGAACCUGGUUUGAGGAAAAUGUGAAAGAACCCACCUAAUGCUGCAUUGUGGGUAGUUUGGUGAACUUAACUAAGACCAUCAUGUGUCAUUAUUGUAGUUCCCUAAAACAUCACUGGUUACUUUUGCACUAUAGUGAACUGUGCAAUGUUUCCCAGUUAGACAGUAAAUCAGUCUAUGUCAAAUAUCUUUGUCAAAUAUGAUCAAGAUAGAUUUUACAGUAAGUUAUAAGUAAUUUUAAAGGUGAAUUGUAUAAUUAUAAUUAUUUUGAUGUUAAAUACAUGUACUUACAGUAUAAUAAUAUGCUAAAUCAACUAAAUGUAAAACAUUGGUAGGUUGGCUUCUUGAAGAGUGCAAACACUGUUACAGUGGCUAAAAAAAAAAAAAAAAAAAACAUUGCUCUGCAUGUUUGAGUGGCCCAACAUGCCAAGUACUGGCUCAGCCAAUACUGUGACUUUGGGGUGCAUUAAUGUAAAAGGGAAACUUGACCAGAGAUAGCAACAUAAAAUCACAGAAACAAACUGCUCCCAUCUGGUGUGUUUUAACUGGGACAAUCGCAA